AUGCGCCUCUUUCCCACCUCUCGAAAAGCUCCAGCGCUCGGCCCUCGCAACGUCCAGCCUGCACGUACAUGCUCACAAGCGCGUUCUCCGGCCUUCUUCCAGAUCCCUCAAGCUGGAGCAAGCGCCAAGGACGCUGGAGAGAGUAGCGAUGUCGGGCUUGAUCCCCGCCGAGUCCAUGCUCCUAAACAUCUCGAUCGCCUUGCAGCCAACGCCAACCAGGUCUUCCACGCCCUCCCGCGAAGAAGCCUCUUCUCCUGGAACUUCAUCAUCGCGGCAUUCGCCAAGAACAGGCACGUCGACGCUGAGGAGGUGAUUGCCGAGGAAUCCAUCACUGGCGACAAUGUGGGCGUGGAUUCACCGCCCCUGCGGGUCGGCCCGAAGCUAAAACUUUCAGUAUAUAAGCUCACUCGUGCAAGUGCGAAGCAAUCAUCCAUGGCGAGCAACAUGAUAGCUUUGAUCUUGAUCUUGCUGGUGGUGGUAGGGGCAGCACCGUUUGCGAUUGCGCGGCCAGCGGCUCUGGAAGGCGAUCGCGCUCUAGAGAUCAAGAACAUGUUCGAGGAUUGGGCUGCCAAGCACGACAAGAGUUACAGCAGCGACUGGGAGAAGGCUCGCAGGCUGAUGGUCUUCUCCGACACUUUGGCGUACAUCGAGAAGCACAACGCGCAGCCCAACACCACCUUCACGCUCGGCCUCAACAAGUUCUCGGAUCUCACAAAUGCCGAGUUCCGAGCCAAUUACGUCGGCAAAUUCAAGCCCCCGCGCUACCAGGAUCGCCGCCCGGCCAAGGACGUGGACGUGGACGUGUCGAGCCUCCCGACGAGCUUGGAUUGGAGGCAGGAGGGAGCUGUGACACCGAUUAAAGAUCAGGGCCAGUGCGGGAGCUGCUGGGCUUUCUCGGCGAUUGCAUCGAUCGAGAGUGCACACUUUCUGGCGACGAAGGAGCUCGUUUCUCUGUCCGAGCAGCAAUUGAUAGACUGUGACACGGUAGACCAAGGAUGCCAGGGUGGGUUUCCGGACGAUGCGUUUAAGUUCGUGGUGGAAAACGGUGGUGUCACCACGGAGGAGGCCUAUCCAUAUACAGGAUUUGCAGGCAGUUGCAACACGAACAAGAAUAAGGUGGUGGAGAUCACUGGUUAUAAAGACGUCACAAAGGACAGUGCUGACGCCCUGAUGAAAGCAGUCUCCAAAACUCCCGUGACCGUUGGCAUCUGCGGCAGUGACCAAAACUUCCAGAAUUACAGAAGUGGAAUUCUUUCUGGUCAGUGCUGCAAUUCGCGGGAUCAUGCGGUCUUGGUCAUUGGAUAUGGAACCGAAGGUGGGAUGCCCUACUGGAUCAUCAAAAACUCGUGGGGAACUUCCUGGGGGGAGGAUGGAUUCAUGAAAAUCAAGAAAAAGGAUGGAGAAGGGAUGUGUGGGAUGAACGGACAGUCAUCAUACCCCACUACUUCGUAAAAUAACCACUUUAUAAUCCAAACUUUAUAUUAAUAUAUCAAUUAUA